GUGAAAAACACGAACAAUUUCCCUUCCUAUAUAUACUCAGCAUUUAUUCAUGUAACGUAAAAGCAUUGAAGUGCAAAGAGCAUAUUAUCACCUCCAUUUCCACCACCCAACCACCUCAACAUCACCGGAAUCCUCCAUUCAUGGCCGCCCUUCAAUGGCUAAGCUUAGUCGCCGCCAUAUGGCUCCAAGCCGUGAGCGGAACCAACACCAACUUCCCCGUCUACUCCUCCCGCCUAAAACACCUCCUCUCCAUCUCCCAAGUCCAGCUCAACAACCUAGCAUUCGCCAACGACGCCGGAAAGCUAUUCGGCUGGUUUUCCGGCAUUGCCGCGCUGUAUCUCCCUCUCUGGCUCGUCCUCCUCCUCGGCUCCUCCCUCGGCUUCGUCGGCUACGGCGUCCAGUACCUUUUCCUCGUCGGAAAACUCGCCUCCCUCUCCUACUGGCACGUCUUCGUCCUCACAGCCCUCGCCGGGAACAGUAUUUGCUGGAUUAACACCGUCUGUUACAUCGUCGCGAUUCGGAAUUUCCCGUUGGACCGCCAGGUGGCGGUGGGGAUUUCCACGAGCUAUGUUGGGCUAAGCGCCAAGAUUUUUACGGAUAUCGUGGAAGCCAUGAAUGUAUCUUCCCCUACUGACGCGGCCCACGCUUAUCUCCUCCUUAAUUCCGUCCUGCCGCUAAUAGUCGCCGUGGUUGCUUCCCCUAUCGCCCGGGAAAUCAAGGUCGGAGUAUCCAAACGGCUCGCCGGAGGGUUCAGUCUUAUGUUCGCGAUAACCAUAGCUACCGGCGUUUACGCCGUGAUCACAACCAGCUUGGGUUCGGAGAUUUCAAGGAAAAAAUUGCUAAAACACCUGAGUUUUUCAGGUAUGGUUGUGUUAUUAUGUCUGCCAAUGUUAGUCCCUCUGGGUCAGAAAAUAACCGAGCUCUGCCGGAAAAAAUGUCCGAUACUACCCAAAAAUCAGGUCUGUGAUCAGCAGGGACUAGAGGGACUCGAAAAAGCAGUUAGUUGUGAUUCUAUUAUGAGAAUAGAGGGCGGAGAGGCGAAAGAAGAUGGAGGAUCUGAGAUUGUUGUGGUUGUGGAAGAAGUGAAAUGGAGAGAUUUGGUGAAGAGAGGGGAUUUCUGGUUAUAUUUCUUGGUUUAUUUUCUUGGUGCGACUCUGGGUUUAGUGUACCUGAACAAUCUGGGUCAAAUCGCCGAGUCGCGUGGCUUCUCCAAUGCUUCCCUUCUGGUCUCACUGUCGUCUUCUUUCGGAUUCUUUGGGCGUCUCCUUCCGUCGCUUUACGACUAUUUCUUCUCAAUGUCCAAGAACAAGAUUUCGAGGCCGGCAAGCAUUGCAGUGAUGAUGGCGCCGAUGUGCGGAGCUUUCUUCUUGCUUCUCCACGGCAGCCAUGGCUGCCUCUACACCAGCACCGCCAUAAUAGGGGUCUGCACCGGCGCAAUCACGUCGGUUGCAGUCUCCACAACCACAGAGCUCUUUGGGGCCAAGAAUUUUGGCGUCAACCACAACAUUUUGGUGACCAAUAUACCCAUUGGCUCCUUCAUCUUUGGGGACUUUGCAGCUUAUCUUUACAAGAGACAAGGGAGGAUUUCUGGGGGCAUUGACGGAAUUUGCACAGGCAUGCAGUGUUUUCACACCACUUUUGUUGUUUGGGGUUGUCUUUGCUUUCUUGGUACCUGUUUGGCUGUAUUCUUUCAUAGUAGAACUCGAAGAAAGAACAACCAUCAUUAAUUGUUGUGGUUAAGAUUAGACCAAACUAACUAACUAAAGUUGGUGUCUUAAUUGCCCUGAUAAUGACGUUUGUAAUCUUGCUUAAUUUGGUGGAUUUUCCUCCUUGAGAGAGGAGAGAUAGGAGUAUUAUAUUUUUAGGUGGUUAUUAGAAAUAACUAAAUGAGCCUGUACUAAUCAAUUACAGCUGGGUUUGUUCAG